GCGUGGCAGCCUGAAAGCAGUUCGCCCGAGCGAACUUUGUCUCCGCUGACAAAUUGCCUGGGAUCGAGUUGACCAGCUGGACGCGGUCUAUCAUCGUGACGAACCGCGAUAACUUGAUGAUGGAUAAAUGCGCCGUUCAACGAGUCCGAUGUACAGUAAUACCGUUGCGGUAGAUCAGCGGUAAACAAUGCGGCGAACAGAAGAAAAAGCGUCGAUGUUUCUGCGUUCGAUCGUCGAUCUGCCGCUGGAACUAACAGCAAAGCUUGAGCGGAAUUAAACCAUUUGAAUGUUUCACAAGGUUUCGGUGGAAACUAGGCGCCGAGAGGGGAGGGACUUAAUGACCUUUAAAACCAAAGUCACGAGAAAGCGGGAAGCUAACGGAUCAGAAAUGCAAACUACCGAGUACGCCCAUACUAAUCUGGACGAGAAUUCAGUGGUCCAUCGUCGUCGAUCAUCUACACAAUUGCAGAAAGUAAGGUGGGAAAUUAAUCAAAAAGAAGAUCAAGAGUGAAAAAUAACAAAGCAAGUUGUAAAAAUGGAGAGCGUGUCAUUUCGCGUGGCUUGCAAACGCCAUUACAUUAAAAAGGCGGCCAUGUUGGGAAGCGCG